AUGAAUGGAAUAGAAAGUUUUCCCUGCCUAAGCACAUUAAGAAUCACUGAGUGCCCAAAGUUAGUUGAAAUUCCUAUUAUUCCUUCCAUUACAGAUUUGACUAUGAGAAGCAACAAUGCAAUGUUAAUUAGGUCAGUGAUGAAUCCCACUUCACUUUCUUCCCUUGUGAUUGAAGACAUGGAUGAUGAAUUGACAGUUCUUCCAGAUGGACUGUUGCAAAAUCAUAAGACGCUUAAAAAGUUGGAGAUUUCCAAAAUGCCCAAUCUCAAGUCACUGACUAAUCAGUUGGAUAAUCUUUCUGCGUUGAAUGAAUUUCGUCUUGAAUGUUGUGACAAGAUCGAAAGUCUUCCAGAAGGACUCCAGAACUUACAUUCAUUACGGAGACUUUCUAUAAAGGAGUGUAAUAAUCUUUUAUCCUUACCAAUGAAUGGUUUGCAGGACUUAUCUUCACUACGGAGUUUAUCCAUUUCGAGCUGCUACAAAUUCUGCUCUUUGUCGGAGGGAAUUCAAUAUUUAAUUGCACUUGAACAUUUAUAUAUCAACAGGUGUCCUAAGUUAUUUUCAUUGCCAGAGGGUAUUCAACAUCUAACUACUCUCCGUUAUCUGUUCAUCUGGUACUGUGAAGACUUAUCUUCUCUGCCUAAGCAGAUUGGAUGCCUCACAUCGCUUUCAGAUUUGGAUAUUUGGAAAUGCCCUAAUCUAAUGUCUAUGCCAGACGAGCUACAAAAUCUUACGUCACUCAAAUUAUUGAUGAUUGAAGGAUGCCCACAUCUGGAGAAGCGGUGCAAGAAAGACAGUGGAGAGGAUUGGCAUAAAAUAUCUCACAUCCCCAAAGUUCUCAUCAUUCCUUAUUCAGAGAUACCAUCAUCGACGGGUUGGGGAUCGCUACGAAAACUGAAAUGUUGCUAA